UAAUAAUUAACCAAAAUGGUCGAGUGGUGGAGAUUGCUCAUGAUAUUCGUCCUGGUCUGUAUGUCAGCCCUUUUCUCAGGGCUCACUCUUGGACUAAUGGGACUGGAUACAAGAAAUUUAGAGUUAUUAACAAUGGGUCCUUUUGAGGACAAAGAGGCAGAAAAACAAGCUAAAUAUGCAAAGAAAAUAUUACCUCUCAGGAGAUCUGGAAACUUGCUCCUGUGCACAUUAUUGCUGGGAAAUGUUGCUGUAAAUGCUCUCUUGUCUAUUUUCCUAGCUGAUUUGACAUCUGGAAUGGUUGGAUUCUUUGCAAGUACGACGCUGAUUGUUAUUUUCGGUGAAAUUACUCCACAAUCAAUCUGUUCAAGAUAUGGGUUGGCUAUAGGAGCAUAUACAGUCUACGUUGUGAGAGUGUUUAUCGUCCUCCUCUACGUCAUCGCUAAGCCUAUAGCCAUUAUUCUUGAUUGCAUCUUGGGAGAAGAACUUGGAAAUAUUUUGUCCAAGAACCAAAUGAAGAAACUUUUUGAAAUGUAUGAAAACGAUAAGCUCUUAGAUCCUGAUGAAAGGAAACUUAUGGUUGCCGCACUCGAGAUUCAGGAUAAGAAAGCGAAGACUAUUAUGACGCCUAUGGAUAAGAUAUAUAUGCUUGAUAUUAAUACGAGGCUCACUGAAGAUAAAAUUCAUGAAAUAUACUUGCAAGGAUUCAGCAGAAUCCCUAUUUUUGAUGGCAAACGAGAUAAUGUAGUUGGAAUUUUGUUAGUCAGAGAUUUGCUUGUGAUCAACCAUUCUAAAGAAGCGGUUGUUCUCAAGCAGCUUGGAAGCCUCAUCAUCAGAGAUUUGAUCGUAGUGGAUGCAGAGUCAAGACUUGCACCUAUCCUGAAAGAAUUUAAGAAGGGAACUUCUCAUAUGUGCUUGGUCAGGAGCAUUGUUAAUACCGGUGAAGCCGACCCUUACUACAGAAAUCUGGGCAUAAUCAGCUUGGAAGACAUUAUAGAAGAGAUCCUCCAAGAUGACAUUGAAGAUGAGAUCGACCAGGAGAAGCAAUCAUUUAAGAAAGGAGACGGUAUGGCAAAGCAGAAAUUACUUGACUUGUUCAGCAAGAAACAGUGUUCGAAAGUUUUGUCCGAUAAUGAGAGAAACGCAGUCUGUAGCUACCUUCAAAAGUACGAGGAGCCAUUUAAGAGGACAGCUAUUAGCUCCUCAUCUUUAGAGGAGCUUGUUGCUUAUAGCCAGGUUGUCAAUAUUCAUUCAAAUACUCAAAAUUAUGAUGACUCAGAAUCUGAUGAAGAAGAUAAGCGCGUUAUUGAGAUUAAAGAUAAUCGAAAACUUGUAGAUAAGAAUAACCCAGAUGGUGGCGACAGUAAUGCUGAUCAAAAUGACAUCGAGAAGCAGGAUACAGACGACAUUACAAUAAUUAAAGCAUCAAGGAUUAAGUCUCAGUUUGGUAAAAGACGGGGGAUUUCAGAAGUUAUAAAGCCAAGUGAUGUUACCCUAAAGUUUAGUAAUGUUCAUAAGACUAAAACACCACUCCCUGGGCGUGACCAUUCUAUUCCUGAAGCUUCAGAGGAGAGUAAUUACUUUGAGCAUUCAGAGUCCGAGGUCAGUAAAUCUAUCGAUCAUAAUAACACGAAUGCUGGACUUGCAGACGCAAAAUAUAGUGGAGAUUCAAGUGAAGCUUCAUAUAGCGAUUCGAGAGAUGGCUCUGCUUAUAAUUCUGAGGAUGGUUCUGGAAUGAAUAGAAACUCAUAUAGAUCAUCAAUCCAUGAUAAUAUCAGAAUGGAGGACAUUAAUCCAGUCCUAUUUGUCAGAAAUGCCCCGUCUCAGGACUUCUACCUCAUCUUGAGAGGAAAAGUUGAGAUUAUUAGUGGGAAAGAUGGAUUCAGAGUUGAAAUAGGUUCAUUUACUAGUAUUGGGUCAAAUGCCUUGCUUGAAGAAGACUAUAAGCCUGAUUUCACAGCUAAAGUACUAGGAGAGGCGAAGUUGUUAAAAAUUACAAGAUCUUCAUAUGUUGAGUACCUUAGAUAGCAGCUCCAAAUAUCCUAAAUUCUGUAAAAUUAAUCUUUACUCAC